AUGGUGAAGGAACAGAUAUUUAAUAUCAGUACAUUCAAUGUCAGGGGACUAAAUAAUGAAAUCAAGCGUAAUCAGUUAGCACAAAAUAUCAUCAACUAUAACGUCGAUGUAGCCUGCUUACAGGAAACAAAAACCGAGAAGCCGAUCAACGAGGACAUACGCGGGGGACGCUUCAUUAACAUGGGAGCUGGGAUCAGGCAUUACGGGAAUGGCUUCUUCGUUCACAAGAGAUGGGUUAAAAGCAUUCACAAAUAUUGGAAAGUAUGUGAAAGGAUUUCGGUUUUUCAAAUUAAAACAAGAGAAAGGAAGGUAAUUUGUAUCGUUAAUGUUUAUGCACCAACUAGCGUUAGAGUUGAUAAAGACGGCACGGAACUAGAUAGUCUGUAUAGAUAA